UUUACGUUACCAUUUUCGGUUUUCGUGGUAAAAACUAAAAAUGUGAAGUUGAAAGUUUUUGCCGCAAGAAAACGUGCACGAGUUUUAAUUUCCAAAAUACGGUUUCAACUUGAUCUAAUUAUCACCAUUAUUGUCAUUAACGUCACUAAGUCUAUUUAUUAAAAAUUGCAAGUCUGCAAGUUUACAUAACGUUUGUUGCACCUUGUGUCUGUUUUAUCUAACCAAGAUUUGUGCCAAAUUACAAAAAUGGAGAAAAAAGGUCACUCCUACAGGAAUUCGUCUUCGUCGGGGACUAGUUGCGUGAUAUGUUUUAGGCCGCAAACAAUUUUUUCAAUUGGUGCAUGUGAUCAUCCAGUUUGUUAUGAGUGUUCUACUACCAUGAGAGUGUUAUGCGAUCAAAAAGAAUGUCCAAUAUGCAGGCGUAUAAUGACAAAGGUAAUUUUUACCAAAGAAGUUAACUUGUUCAAAGAUUUGGACAGUCGUCAAUAUUCUCGCUACAACAAAAAGUAUGGUAUUGCAUUCAAUGACCAUUAUAUUGAAAACUCGUUUGAGCAACUAUUGCGUUGUUAUUGUAAGAAAUGUUAUGAUCGUCCUGAUUUUGGAGCAUUUGAGCAGUUAGCAACGCAUAUGGAGAAAACCCAUCGUUUAUAUGCUUGUCGUCUUUGUGUUAAACAUUUAAAGAUAUUUGCAAGUCAAAGGCGCUGGUAUAAUUAUGAUGAGUUAGCAAGACACGAAGAAUGUGGAGACCCAGAUAAUACUUCCCAUCGAGGCCAUCCAGAAUGCCAUUUUUGUAAUGUUCGUUAUUUGGAUAAAGAUGAACUUUACAAGCAUUUGAGAAAAGAACAUUUCUACUGUCAUUUUUGUGAUGCUGAUGGAAUACAGGAUUAUUAUAUGACUUAUGCUUGGCUAAGAAGGCAUUAUUAUGACAAACAUUAUCUUUGUGAAGAAGGGAAUUGUGCUAACGAACAAUUUACAUCAGUUUUUCGAACAGCAAUAGAUUUACAAGCUCAUAAAGCCCAAACUCAUAGUAAGGAACUUGGGAAACAUGGUUCCAAAGAAGCACGUACCUUAAAAAUAGAAUUUAAUUUACGUCCUAGACAUUUUCCAUUAGUUGAAGCUGGUAGACCACUUCCCAAUCAACAUCAAACAAUGCCUGAUAAUAAUUAUUAUUUGAAUAACAAUCCUCCACCUGAUCGUGCUCUUAAUGUGCGCGAUACAUCCGAUUUCCCAUCUCUUAAUGGACAAACCACUACUGUUCUACCGUGUGCUCGAACUAGAAAACAAAACCACCACGUUAACACACGAGAUCUGAACUCAUUUCCAGCCCUUGGUCAAGAUCCAGCACCUCCUCCACCUAGGCCCACUCAGUCUGCAAACAGCGUUCGAAUGGCUACGAUCUUAAAGAAACCUCCAGAACCGGUUAAACAAGAAAAAAAAAAAGAAAAUGCUGGACCAUCCAUACGGUUACCCAAUCAAGCUAAAGAUUUUCCUUCUUUAGAUGGCAACCAAAAACAAGCAAAAGUCAAAGAAGUCGCUAACGCUGAUAGUUGGGUUUCUAAAGCCAAAACCAUUAAUGAAGAACAAGAAGCAAAGAAAAAAGUAAAAAAAGAAGCUCCCAUAAAGAAAAAAAUUGCCGAAGCCCCCAAAGUACCCAGCUCAUCAGAUUUCCCUAAUCUCAACAAGAAAUCGGAACCCAUUAAAAGUAAUUUAGCCAAGUUGGGAAAUAAAAAGAAACCAGAUAAUACCAAAAAAAGUGCCAGUUCAGUAGAAAGUACCCAAAAUAUACCUAAAAAACUUAUACAAGUUGAAAGUAGUUCUCGGAAAAAUGAGAACAAUUCUCAAAAAAUUGAAAAUAAAGAAAAUAAAACAAAAUCUAAAGAUAUUCAUUGUAAUGGAGAUGUAAAAAGUAAAACGUCUAAACCAGAAAUUAGUAAAAACGACAAUAAAGUAGAGGUAAAAAAAGAACCCAACAAGAAAAGUAUAAAAGAAAAUCAACAUCAAAAUGUUGUACCUUCAUCUGAAAAAUUAGAAGAACCUGUUUCCAUUCCGAAAGAAAAGAAAAAAAGAAAAAAGAAUGAAAACAAGCAAUCAAUAGUGGAGCGAGAUAAUACUAAAACAGUUGAAACCCCAACACCCAAAGUACCGCCAGGAUUUGAAAAUACUCAUCAAAUUAGAGCUCCUCCAGGCCUAACUAGUCGUCCUCAAAUUAAAGCCCCACCCGGAUUAUCUUUAACUCAAUCAUAUGAAUUUAAGGACCCUCCUAACUUAGCUAUUCGAAAUAAAGUGCUAAUUAAUAAUUUAGUAGCAGCAUUGAUUCCGCGCGAUGAUCAAUUUGAUACAUUUGAAAAAUUCAAAGAAAUGUCAACAUUAUUCAGGAAACAUGUAAUCACUGCGUAUGAUUUUUAUUCUUAUUGUGUUGAAGCUAUCUGUAGAAAUAGAUUCGAAACUGUUUUUCAAGAGCUUCUCUUAUUGUUGCCAGAUAUACAAAAACAGCAGGAAUUGCUAUUUGUUUAUAAUAGAAAUAGCGGCGAAGAAUUAAACGUUGCACAGUGCAAAAUUUGUCGUCAAGUAUUAAGAACUAAUGACUCUGACCAACAUUUAUCCUUGCAUAAUAUGUGAAGUUGAAAAUAAAUUGUCAGAUCGCACUGACAAUUGACACCUUCCAAAUACAAUAAUUUAUUGUCGCAGCUUUAUUUUGGCUAUAAUUUUUUUUUUCAUUUUAUAUUUUCAAAAUGUAUUGACUUAAAAAUUGUAUGAAUAUUGUCUUUUUUUUUUUUUUGUAAUUAUUAUUAUUAAAUUAAUUAUUAAUAAAAAGUACUAACUAGGGGUAUAUUUAUAGA